GGAUUCAGGAAGCGCCGCGCUCCCGGCCGCCAGCGCCCAGCGUCCUGGAGGCCGAGCAGCUCAGAGGGCCAGGACCAGCAUGGCAGAUCCCAGCGAUGGCCCCCACAUGGGGCCUGGGGAGGCAGCUGAGCCCCUUGGGGACGAGAGCAGCUCCCCUGGUGGGGAGGCCUUCCCCCUUUCCUCAUUAGCCAACCUAUUUGAGGGGGAGGAUGGCUGCCCCUCGCCCUCACCGGCUGAUGCCAGUCGGCCCCCUGGCCCAGGCGAUGGGCGGCCAAACCUACGCAUGAAGUUCCAGGGCGCCUUCCGCAAGGGUGUGCCCAACCCCAUUGACCUUCUGGAGUCCACCCUUUAUGAGUCCUCAGUGGUGCCCGGGCCGAAGAAGGCACCCAUGGACUCGCUCUUUGACUAUGGCACCUAUCGCCACCCGCCCAGCGACAACAAGAGAUGGAGGAGGAAGGUCAUAGAGAAGCAGCCACAGAUCCCUAAAGAUCCGGCACCCCAGCCACCCCCUGUCCUCAAAGUCUUCAACCGGCCCAUCCUCUUUGACAUCGUGUCCCGGGGCUCCACUGCCGACCUGGACGGGCUGCUCCCCUUCUUACAGACCCAUAAGAAGCGGCUGACUGACGAGGAGUUCCGGGAGCCGUCCACGGGGAAGACCUGCCUGCCCAAGGCCCUGCUGAACCUGAGCAACGGCCACAAUGACACCAUCCCCCUGCUCCUGGACAUUGCUGAGUGCACUGGCAACACGCGAGAGUUCGUCAACUCGCCCUUCCGGGACGUCUACUACCGAGGUCAGACGGCCCUGCACAUCGCCAUCGAGCGCCGCUGCAAACACUACGUAGAGCUCCUUGUGGCCCAAGGGGCUGACGUCCAUGCCCAGGCCCGAGGGCGCUUCUUCCAGCCCAAGGAUGAGGGUGGCUACUUCUACUUUGGUGAGCUGCCCCUGUCGCUGGCCGCCUGCACCAAUCAGCCCCACAUCGUCAAUUACCUGACGGAGAACCCGCACAAGAAGGCAGACAUGCGGCGGCAGGACUCGCGCGGCAACACAGUGCUGCAUGCACUGGUGGCCAUCGCCGACAACACACGCGAGAACACCAAGUUCGUCACCAAGAUGUACGACUUGCUGCUGCUCAAGUGUGCCCGCCUUUUCCCCGAUAGCAACCUGGAGGCCGUGCUUAACAAUGACGGCCUCUCGCCCCUCAUGAUGGCCGCCAAGACAGGCAAGAUCGGGAUCUUUCAGCACAUCAUUAGACGGGAGGUGACGGAUGAGGACACGCGGCACCUGUCCCGCAAGUUCAAGGACUGGGCCUACGGCCCGGUGUAUUCCUCGCUCUACGACCUCUCCUCCCUGGACACAUGUGGGGAAGAGGCCUCUGUACUGGAAAUCCUGGUGUACAACAGCAAGAUCGAGAACCGCCACGAGAUGCUGGCCGUGGAACCCAUCAACGAGCUGCUGCGGGACAAGUGGCGUAAGUUCGGAGCUGUUUCCUUUUACAUCAGCGUGGUGUCCUACCUGUGCGCCAUGGUCAUCUUCACCCUCACUGCCUACUACCAGCCGCUGGAGGGCACUCCGCCGUAUCCUUACCGCACGACAGUGGACUACAUGAGGCUGGCUGGGGAGAUCAUCACGCUCUUCACUGGGGUCCUAUUCUUUUUCACCAAUAUCAAAGACUUGUUCAUGAAGAAAUGCCCUGGCGUGAACUCCCUCUUCAUCGAUGGCUCCUUCCAGCUGCUGUACUUCAUCUACUCGGUGCUGGUGAUUGUCUCAGCGGCCCUCUACCUGGCAGGGAUUGAGGCCUACUUGGCCGUCAUGGUCUUUGCUCUGGUCCUGGGCUGGAUGAACGCCCUCUACUUCACCCGUGGGUUGAAGCUGACGGGAACCUACAGCAUCAUGAUCCAGAAGAUCCUCUUCAAAGACCUUUUCCGCUUCCUGCUCGUCUACUUCCUCUUCAUGAUCGGCUACGCCUCAGCCCUGGUAUCCCUCCUGAACCCUUGUGCCAACAUGAAGGUGUGCCACGAGGACCAGACCAACUGCUCGGUGCCCACAUACCCUUCAUGCCGUGACAGCGAGACCUUCAGCACCUUCCUCCUGGACCUCUUCAAGCUGACCAUCGGUAUGGGUGACCUGGAGAUGCUGAGCAGCACCAAGUACCCUGUGGUCUUUAUCAUCCUACUUGUCACCUAUAUCAUCCUCACCUUCGUGCUUCUUCUGAACAUGCUUAUCGCCCUCAUGGGGGAGACAGUGGGCCAGGUCUCCAAGGAGAGCAAGCACAUCUGGAAGCUGCAGGUGAGGCCCCCAACCCACCCCAUCAGCCCCUCUUCUCCUCAUCGCUGGUCCUCAGUGGUACCCCGCGUGGUUGAGCUGAACAAGAAUUCAAACCCGGAUGAGGUGGUGGUGCCAUUCAACACCAUGGGGAACCCCAGCUGCGAUGGACACCAGCAGAGUUACCCCCCCAAGUGGAGGACUGAUGAUGCCCCCCUCUAG